GCAAUUUGAAAUCUUAUAAAUAAACGUAUCUUAUUCAGUUAUGACAUUUGUAAGAGUUAACAUUAUCAGGUGUAAGUUGUAAUAAAAUUAGUCGAUACGGAAUCAACAUGAGUAAUAUUGAGUACGUUAAGUCGGAGAAGUUUUGGCGAGCCCCAAAGCUUGAUAUAAAAAAAGCUGGUUUGGGUGAAGCUAUUUUGGAGAAUCUCAAACAAAGUGACCCUAAAAAAGUGUACGAAAUACUUCAUGAUAGUAAUUCUCAUGUGACAGUUAAGGAAACUUAUGAUCAGACUAUAACUGCAGCACAAAACUUAUUGAAUCUUGGUGUGAAAAAGAAUGACACUGUUGUAUUCUUCACUUUUCUAAAUUUAAAAAUUACACCACUCACAUUUGCUUGUUACACAAUUGGAGCUCCGGUAUGUUUCUUUGAAACUUAUCUCGAAGAAGAAUUUGUUCCACAAUAUUUGGCAAUGCUUGAUCCAGCUGUGAUAAUUUAUGAAGAAAAAUUCAAAUCUAUGGUCUUGAAAGGUCUUAAAGGUGUUAGUCUAUCAAAUCUAAAACUAGUUCUGAGUCUAGACGGAGAAAGUCAAGAAUCUGUUGAUGAGUUAAUCUUUAGACCAAAUGUCGACAUUGUAAACUUCCAAGUUCCUAAAAUUGGAGAUCCAGAUACUCAAACCGCUAUUUUGGGCUUUACAUCAGGUUCCACAGGGUUGCCAAAAAUUAUAAUCCAUUCGCACACAAUGAUGAGAGAAGGUGUCUACAGUCGAUGGUAUGCAAAACCAGGAAGUGUUGUGAUGAUUCUUAGUGAAAUCCGUUGGUUGUGUCAGGUGUCGAUAAUGAUGCAACCAGCUUUUCUCGAUGUCAAACGUGUCUACAGCUCAACUCCACCAAAUGAACUGACAGGAGAAUUUGUAAAGAAUAUGAUAGAUACCCACAAAGUAACGCACUACUUUGAAGUACCAAAAUUCUAUAUGACCGUAUUGGAAGCUGCCGAACAAUCUCAAGACCCAUCGAGUUUAAGUUCACUUAAAAUGGCAAUGCUUGGUGGUGAAAGUAUUGGUGAAGCAUAUGCUGCUUACUUAAAAAAGAUUACUCCAAAUUGUGCUGUUGAAAGAUUAUAUGGAAUGACCGAAAUGGCUGGUGCUAUUGCAACAACUGAGUUAACUAGCAGAAAGAAUGUGAAUGGAGGUAUUUUGACAAGAGGUGUUAUGGUGAAAAUAAUUGACAGGAAUCAAAAUUCUCUUGGCCCAAAUGAAAUGGGACUAAUUUGUUUAAAAAGAUUAGCUCCAUUUUCGGGAUAUUUGAAAAAUAAUAAAGCCAAUGAAGAGACUUUCAUCGAAGGAGGUUGGCUUAGUACUGGAGAUUUGGGUUUAGUUGAUUCGGGUAGUCUUUUAAAUGUUUUUACCCGAGAAAAGUAUGUUUUACAUUAUGCUGAUGGGAAAAUACUUAUGCCAAAUGUUAUUGAAAAUAUUGUAAAUAACUUCGAAGGUGUUCAUUCAUCAGCUCUUGUUGGACAGUCCAGUAAAGAAAAUUCUAAAGAAGAUAUUGGAACAAUUUUUGUUGUUUUCAAAAAUUCAACUCAUUCAAUUGAAAUUGAAAAUAACUUAAGAGAUUAUUUACGAAAUAAAUUAAGUAAAGAACAAUUGAAGAUUAUUAAGUAUUUGAAAGUUUUAGAAGAAUUACCGAGGACAACUUGUUUUAAAGUUGAUAGAAUAGCUUUGAAAAGAAUGCUGAUUGAUGGAGGAUUGGAAAUUUAAAAUUUAGAAUAAAGUUUAAUGUUUUAAUUUUUAUUUUUGAUAUAUGUAUAGGCUUGAGCAAAAACAAAAACAUAUUUAAGUAUUAAUA